UUCUGUUUAAACUGAGACCGCAAAGAGUACAUGACCUCGGCCGGCACGCACGCGGCGGGGACGGAGAACGAGCGCCAGGCACACCAGCUCGCACACCGAGCUCAGAACGGCAAGCAGCGUGCACAAGACGACGCAAAUCCACCAGAGCUUGGAAAGCGUCCGAUGGAAGCACGCCGCCUCGCCGAACGUCAUCCCGGGUCAGGACGUGCUCAAGAACGCGGCGGAGCCGAAAGCCCAGCAGCACGGGAGAGAACAUCGUCGUCCGUCUCGAAAGCGUCUGGGAGUGCCUGUAAGAGAAAUUGCGCACCGCCAGAAACAGCGCGACCCUCCUCAGAGCCGUCCACAGGGGCGGGAGGGACCCCGUCUGUUGGAAACUCUGGAGCCAUGAAUCUACUCCCCGUCGAGGGCGAGUCGUGCUUUGCGUUCUCCUCAACGUAGCCGCCGUUGCUGUCAGCCCCGGCAACCUCCUCGGAAACAUGUUCGGCGGCCAGCACCGCGCCCCCGAGCACGACGGGCUCCCACGAGCUGGAGACCACCGCGCCGCAGCUGCAGCGCAAGGUCGCAGAGGGCCAAGCCUGGUCGCGCAGCGGCUCCAAGCGCCCCGCCACAGGGAUGGAUACGGGUGCCCCUUCACGAAGCCAGAGCCUCCGCCAGCAGCACCGACAGCGGCGAACGCCGAGGCAGAACGCCCCGCCCGCCGAAGCUGGUUGAACUCCGACUGCGAAGAGCCUUCGAUAACCUCGGCGGAGAUAUCCAAGUUGAGCGCAGCCAGGUUGCGCCUGGCACGCGCACCGCCCCCGGCGUGCACGCCCGCGGUGCCAGCGGCGAGCACUGGCAUGAUGAACCGCAGCCUGCGCCUGAGCACAUCGUCCCGGGAUCCAGGCGACACCGCGUCGAUGUCCAGCUCGGGGGCCGCGAUCAGGCCGGGCGCCUCCGCGAGCCUGAACAGGUUGGCAACGGCCGCGUCCGCCGCCUCCCGAACGCAUCAGCACGCAGCCGAAGGCCCCGCUCGGGUCCGACCCCGCACCCCACGAAGGGACCCGUCCCACGCCAUUCCUCAAACAGCAAGCGGCGGCACCCAGCAGCUCAUGACCGACUGGCUUGAGCAAUGGGGCUAUGCUCGUUGGUGAGUGGCUUGAGCCAAAAUGGCU